UCAAGCUUGGUCGUAUGGCCUGAAGGGGUUAGUCAGUUUUAUUUGCUCUAGGUGAAGCUUCCCCAAUUUGCUGAGUCGGGGUUUGACGGAUUGGGCGGUUGGUUUGACAGGUUGAGUCCCCCCGCUGUAGGUGUUGGUGUGAGCCGGGGCCUCCUUUAGCUGCUGAAUUAGUGUCGGCGGGAGCGGGGGGGAAACGAACAACCAGCACCAGAAGCGGCAGCAUGUCCGAUUAUGGAAAUUACAGUCAACCUGGAGCUCAAGCACAAAGCUAUGGAGCCUAUGGUGCCCAGUCAAACCAAAACUAUGGGCAUGCUUCACAGGGUUAUGGUGGAUAUGAGCAGUCUGGUGGUGCUUCUGGAUAUGGACAAAGCCAAAGUGGGUAUGGUUCAAGUUAUGGACAAGGACAGUCAGGGUUAAAUUCUUCUCAAUCUUCAACAGGCUAUCGACAGAGUGGACACAGCUAUGGAAGUGAGAGCUCCCAUAAUACUUACGGACAGCAACCAUUGUAUGGAAAUUAUGGGCAGCAUUCAGAUUCCCCUAGCAGCUAUGGCUCAAAGUCUGAGACACAAUAUAGUACCCAGCAAAGCCAACCAAGUUACAGCCACUCCACUUCGUAUCAUCCACCUCAUGACAACUACGGCCAACAGACCUCAGGAGAUGACUAUGAGCAAGAUAGACCUAGCAGGAGUAAAUUUGGAGAUGACAACCGGAGCUUUGGCAGAUCACAGGGUAAUGGAGGUAGAGGUCGUGGAGGAUAUGGUCAUGGUGGCUUUGACGGUGAUGGUAGAGGGGGACGUGGUAGAAUGGGUGGUGGUGAUCGUGGUGGCUUCAAUAAUUUUGGUGGCUCAAGAGAUCGUGGGCAAGGACCUAAUCCUGCUUCUGAUGACAACGCUGAUAACAACACCAUUUUUGUCCAGGGUCUUGGAGAUGAUGUGACAACUGAACAAGUUGCUGAUUUCUUUAAACAGAUUGGCGUGAUUAAGAUUAAUAAGAAAACUGGAAAUGCCAUGAUCAACCUUUAUACGGACAAAGUUACAGGCAAACUAAAAGGUGAAGCGACAGUGUCUUUUGAUGACCCACCAUCAGCAAAAGCUGCGAUUGAUUGGUUUGAUGGAAAGGAUUUCCAUGGAAACACAAUAAAAGUUUCCUUUGCAACAAGGCGAUCAGAGUUUGUACGAGGUGGUAGAGGCGGUCGUGGAGGUCAAAUGGGCAGAGGUGGUCGUGCUUUUCAGGGUGGUGGUGGUCCAAGAGGUGAAGAUUGGACUUGCCCAAAUCCGUCAUGUGGUAAUGUCAACUUUGCUUGGAGAAAUGAAUGUAACCAGUGUAAAACUCCUAGAGGUGAUGGUGGUAUGUAUUGUUUGUUUGUUUUUUUUGAAAGCAUGUUUUUAAUCUUUUUUGUCUUGUAUUUCCCAAAGCUUUGAAAGAGGGUUGCAUUAUGUAUUCCUUUUGAUCACCCAGAUGCCUAAAUCCUUCAAUUAGUAAGGGUACUUUUAAAGUAUAGCCACUCUUGCUAUUUGUGGAAACUUGUACUGUAUACUUGAGUAAACUGUUCUUGUGACAUUUUGAUUUGUGUCUCUCUGGGACACUGAUAGUGAUUCUCCUGCUCCUCUCAAUGAUAGUGCCAUCCACUGAUCAGACAAAUGAGAUUUUUGUUUUGAUGUUUUAUCCAAAACCUGGACUCCAAUAGUGUAACAUUCCAACAGUUCUGCAUUGAAGUACCUAUGGUAGUGGUAGCAGUGGUAUGGCGUUUGUACCCACACCCUUUUUUAAUUCACAAGUGAAACUGCUUCCCACUAAGCAUCAGGUGAACUAACUUCUAUGGCUGGAUUUUAUAGAUGACUCUAGAAUUAUUCAAAUCCAAAAUGCCACACUUCACCACUAC